CACACAGUGGGUGUGGCUCAGAUAGGAGUUGUUCUGUGGUCAGGAGAGGAGAAGAAGAAAAAAUGUCGUCGGUUCCGGACGGAAAGAAGCUGCUUCGCAGUCCCAGCGGUCUACGCAUGGUUCCGGAGAACGGCGCCUUCAACAGUCCCUUCAGCCUGGACGAACCUCGUUGGGUCCCGGACAAAGAGUGUUCGAGGUGUAUGCAGUGUGACACCAAGUUUGACUUCAUCCGGAGAAAGCAUCACUGUCGGCGCUGUGGCCGCUGCUUCUGUGAUAAAUGCUGCAGUAAGAAGGUGGCGCUGCCGCGCAUGUGUUUUGUUGACCCUGUGCGUCAGUGUGCUGAGUGCAGCCUCAUUUCUCAGAAAGAGAUGGAGUUCUUCGACAAGCAGCUCAAAGUCCUGCUGGCAGGCAGCACUUUUGCUGUGACUCUGGGGACAUCAGAGAAGACAGAGACCAUGACGUGUCGCCUCUCCAACAACCAGAGGUAUCUGUUCCUGGACGGUGAAAGUCACUUUGAGGUGGAGCUGUCACGGAUGUCCAGUGUUCAGAUCCUGACAGAUGGGACAAGUCCAGGAGACUCUGACAUUCACACUUACACCAGUCUGAUGGACAGUCACUGUCUCUCCGAAGGAGGGACCACACGAGCCAGUGGAAUGCUUCUUCAUUACAAACCAAUGGGCUCUCAGGAAGCUCAGCAGCUCCGCCUGGAGGCAACAGAUGAUAAGAAGGCAGCUUCAUUAUGGUUGACUGCCAUGCACAAGGCGGCCAAACUGCUGUAUGAAUCUCGGGACCAGUGAGGUGCACGCUCACGUGCACUCUGACUCUACAGCAGGCAGCACACACCCAAGUGUUCGUCCCCGACUCAGUGAGGGGUAUCUGUUUUUUUUUCUUCUGGUAACUCAUUGGUUCUUGAUGCCAG